AUGGUAGAAAAUUAUUUGAUAAUCGGAGGAGAUGGAUUUGUGGGUAGAUGGAUAGUAGAAAUGUUAAGGAAAAGAGGGGAACGAUCGAUAAUAGUAUUUGAUUUAAUUCAAAAAUAUUUUGACGAAGAAAUUAAACAUUAUAAAGGAGAUUUAUCAAAUUAUGAUGAUAUUAGUAAAUGUAUAGAAAAAGAGAAUAUUACAUCCGUAAUUCACACGGCUUCACCAUCUCAUGAUUGUAAAUAUGAAGAAUUAUUUUGGAAAGUUAAUGUUGAGGGAACUAAAAAUGUUAUUGAGGCCUGUUUGAACUUUGGUGUUAAGAAAUUAGUUUACACUAGCAGUUCUAGUGUUGUCUACGAUGGUUUCUCCGAAUUGAUUAAUGUUGAUGAAACUGCUCCUUUCCCUAAAAAACAUAUGAAUGUUUAUAAUGAAACCAAGGCAGCAGGAGAAAAACUUGUAUUAGAAGCAAAUGGAAGGAAUGGUUUAUUAACUUGCGCCCUUCGUCCUUGUGGUAUUUUCGGACCAAAUGAUAUGCAAGCGAUUCCAGGUUUUAUUAAAGUGAUGGAACAAGGACAAUCAAAAUUUCAGAUAGGAGAUAAUGAAAAUUUUGUAGAUUGGACAUAUGUAGAAAAUUGUGCUUACGCACAUGUUUUAGCUGUUGAUAAAUUAUCAAAAGAAAAUCAAACAGCAGGAGAAGCCUUCUUUAUAACAAAUGGAACGCCACUUCCAUUUUGGGAUCUAGUUAUUAUUGCUUCAUUAACUGAAUUAUCGAGUAAUGUAACCGGUAAAGAACCUGGAUUUACCAGAUUUCGUGUGAAAUUUACUACGACGAAUAGAUAUUUUAAUAUCAAUAAGGCUAAAAGUAGGUUGGGUUAUGAACCUCUUGUGGAUUUAGAAGAAGGUGUAAAAAGAGCCGUUAAAUCUGUUAUUAACUCAACAUGA